AUGAUUACGUUAUUGCUUUAUAUUGUUACAAUUUUACUUAUUAUUUAUUGGUUACUUUCUUCAACAUGGAAACCCGAAUAUUUUCCUCCAGGUCCACCUCGUUUGCCUAUUUGGGGAAGUUACUGGUAUUUGUUAAAAAAGGACUACUAUUUUCCUCACAAAGCUCUGGAAUCUCUAGGAAAACAAUAUGAUACAGAUAUAUUGGGCUUUUAUUUGGGUGAUUUUCCUGCAAUUACUACUAUGAACUAUCGUACCUGUAAACGAUUAUUGUUAAAAGAAGAAUUCAAUGGAAGAAAUGAUACUAUAAUUAUACGUGAAAGAGGUUUGGGAGCACCAAGAGGAAUAUUUUUCCUGGAUGGUCCGGACUGGAGGGAACAAAGAAGAUUUACUCUAAGAAAUUUGAGAGAGUUUGGAUUUGGGCGCAGAUCAGUUAAUAUAGAAAAUUUUGUGACAGACGAAAUUAAAGGCAUUAUGGAUUUGGUGACUUCAAAUCCUCCAGAAGAAUUUAAGAGCUUUUUACCGGAAAAAGGUGUGGCAUUAUCUCCAGAACUAUUUUACGCACCUUUACUGAACUCUGUUAUGCAAGUUCUCGCAUCUACAAAAUAUGAAACUAUGAAACUUAUAAACAUUGCAAAAGCUGCACUACGUUUUCAACGAAGUGGUGAUCCUACAGGUUCUGCUAUAAGUUGUACACCUUGGUUACGGUUUAUAGCACCAGAAUUUUUUGGAUAUAAUACAGCAAUAAGGGAAAAUAGAUACAUAUUAAACUUUUUGCAGGGCGUCAUUGAUGAACACAGGAAAACUUUUAUUCCCCAUGAUCACAGAGAUUUAAUAGAUGUCUAUAUUCAAGAACAAAAGGAUAGAGAAGAACAGGGUGAAGUUGGUAGUUUCACAGAUGAACAAUUUUUAAUAGUCAUUUUAGACUGUAUGUUCCCAGCAGGUAUUGCCAUAGGUCACACAUUAAAUUUUCAUUUUGUGAAUCUUAUUAAUAACCCUGGAGUUCAAGUUAAAAUGCAAGAAGAAAUUGACAGAGUUGUAGGCAGAUCGCGCCUUCCUACUUUGGACGACCGACCAAAGAUGCCGUAUAUAGAAGCCACAAUCAGGGAGAGUAUGAGAUAUGUAUCAUUAAAUCCCUUGGGUAUCCCAAGGAGGUGUACUAAAGACACAAUAUUCGAGGGGUACUUUAUCCCAAAAGAUACAGUGGUUAUGCCUGGAGUACAUUUGGCCCAUUGGGAUCCUAAAGUUUGGUCGCAACCAGAUCAAUAUUUACCAGAACGAUUUUUAGAUCAAGAUGGCAAUUUACUUAAAAAAGACCUCACUUUAGGCUUUGGAGCAGGUAAAAGGUUGUGUGUUGGUGAAACUUUUUCCAGGCAAAACAUGUUUUUAAUAAUUGCGGGUCUCCUCCAGAAUUUUUCUGUUCAGUCAGCAAACGGAAAACCCAUAGAUUUGAACAAUAUUAUUACAGGGGUAAAUUUAUCAAUUGAUAAUGUUUAUAUCAGGUUUAUACCACGAUAUUAAAUUAUAGAAUACAUACUAUAUUGAAUAAUAUAACGGAAUUAAUAAGAAUGAAACAAUAAAUUAUUUUUUGAAAUAAAUUUUGUUUUUUUUAUUUAUAUAUUUAAGUAUAUCAAAUAUAAACAAUUAUAAAUUAAUGUAUAAAUAUAUUUUACAAUAUAUUAGAUUUACAUAUGAAAUAUGGAUGUCACGUCCUACAACGGCCGGACCAACGUUAGGUUGUAUCUCAAUGUGAUUUUCUGGACAUGCACCGAAAUUUUCAGUGUCGGCGCUUUCCAUUUCUUCGCUUCUACCCAUCGCACCUACAAUGUAUACUUUUUUGGAAAAAUGUUCUGAGUUCAGAAAACUAGCUGGCAGAUAAGCAGUGCUUAAAACAUGAUCAUUAUCAACUUGAUACUUCAUUAUUCUGGCAUCUUCAGCAAAGCGAACAUGAGUUUUCGUCGAAUUUUUGCUCAACAUAACUGUUUGCCCGAUUUUUUAAUUGUGUUGAAAACAUCCACUAUCCCUGGUAUUGGUUUAUCAAUUAAAAUAGUUUCUACGUCAUCCAAUAUACCAUGAAUUUCCCUCAAUGUAAAAUCCGGUAAAUUUUUGUAGUUGGCGUUUGACAUUUUUAUCUUGUCACUUUUUUAAUUUGUCAUCUGUUGUCGUCAUGCCACGUCGGAUGAUUAUAAUUAUGCCUUUUCAGAUUAUCACCCCUGAGGGGGUGAUUAUAAAUGGUACGUUUCAACUUACGUGGCAUUUUAAUCGUGAGGUCCGAGACGUAGCUAACGUUGCCCGGAGGCGGCGGCGGCAGAGGCGUCUGAGGCUGCUGAUGGACCAUUGGGUGGACCAUCCCACCUUGGGGGAUGGCUUGAUUGUGAGACCCCAUGGGCAAGAUGCUGUAUCCAGGCCCACGUUCGCCAGACCGCCUGGGGUACUUGAUUGGGUGAUUUGGGCCAUAGUGGCUAGGAACUUGAGGCGGCGCCGCUACGGCAGGAGGAGUCCUACAGUCCCGACUACCCUUACUUAGAGUACUACCAUUGACAGAUACCACAAGAAUUCAUUUAAAGUUAUUUUUUGUAUAAAAAUUUUGGUAUGUCAUAAAAUAUAAAAAUAUGAAUAAAUUA